CUACUCACCGACCUAACUUCACUAAACUGGUACUGAUACUCUCACUUUCGUCAUCACCUUCCUUUAAUCUCCAAACACCAAUCCUAUAAAUCCGACACAAUUCAUGCCUUUAUCUUCAUCUUACUAACAACACCUUCCUCUGCAUAAAAUGGCGUUUUCUACAACCUCAAAGCUUUCGACUUUCUUCCUAGUCAUCUUAUUUCUAGGGAUCACUUCAAUAGUCUCCGCGGAUUUCAACAAUGAGUUUGAUAUCACUUGGGGUGAUGGACGUGGUAAAAUACUCAACGGAGACCUCUUAACGCUCUCCCUCGACAAAUCAUCUGGUUCUGGCUUUGAAUCAAGAAACGAGUACCUGUUUGGCAAGAUUGAUAUGCAGCUGAAGCUGGUUCCUGGUAACUCCGCCGGCACUGUCACCGCCUACUACUUGUCUUCAAAAGGGUCGAACUGGGAUGAGAUCGACUUUGAGUUCUUGGGUAACUUGAGUGGUGAUCCUUACAUUCUCCAUACAAAUGUGUUCAGCCAAGGUAAAGGCAAUAGAGAACAACAAUUCUACCUGUGGUUCGACCCAACUGCUGAUUUCCACACCUAUUCCAUCCUUUGGAACCCUCAACGCAUUAUAUUUUCUGUUGAUGGAACACCCAUUAGAGAAUUCAAGAAUGCGGAAUCGAUUGGGGUACCAUUUCCUAAAAAUCAGCCCAUGAGAAUACACUCUAGCUUAUGGAAUGCUGACGAUUGGGCGACCAGGGGUGGGUUGGUGAAAACCGAUUGGACUCAAGCUCCCUUUACGGCUUCCUACAGAAACUUUAGGGCCGAUGCUUGUGUGGUGUCUUCUGGGAAAUCGUCAUGCGGUGGCUCUGCAUCUUCCGGUGGCAAUCAGGCAUGGCUAUCCGAGGAGUUGGAUAACACAAAGCAGGAGAGGCUAAGAUGGGCUCAGAAGAAUUACAUGAUUUACAAUUACUGCUCAGAUUCCAAAAGAUUUCCUCAAGGGUUUCCCCCAGAAUGCAAAUUGGCAUAAGGAGUAUUUUUUUUUUAUCUGCUGUUCUAUAUUGCAUUGGAUCUCCAUAUGUAUUUAAUUAGUUUUGGUUGAGUUAUGAAAUUCAAUUAUAUAUUCAUAUUCAUUUUAGCUAUUAAUCAAUUAAUAAAGAAGAGACUUUCGCAUAUUUUUAUUUUUAAUGGUUAGCUUUGCCCUUUUGUU